UUAUGAGAGCUAUAACAAAACUUGUUUCUUAUCCCAACAAAUUUAUUUCGAUUUUCUUGUUCAAAAUUAUGCCGGAAUUAAUCCAUUUAGGCAUAUUAUCACUAUGCAUUUUUGUCAAAUACUAUCAAAUUUUCACGGCGCGGCGUCGCUACGCCGCGGCAGUGAAGAGCAGCCGCAGGCAGCUGCUCCAUCCGCCGCCGGAUUCCGACGAGUGCAGUGUCUGCUUGUCGGAAUUUGCGGCGGAGGAGUGCUGCCAGCUGGCGGCGUGCGGCCACACUUUCCACCGGCGGUGCGUGGAGAGGUGGCUGAAGGGGUACGUCUCUACGUGCCCGCUCUGCCGGGCGGAGGUGGUGCCGGAGGCGGUGGCGGCGGAGCACCGGCGGCUGCUGGCCAAGGAGGAGGAUGAUUUUGUUGAGAAGGAGUUUGCUCUAGUGUUGUUGAAUGCUUUGAAUGUUGGGAGAUGUAAUAACGGAUAUUUUUUAAGUUGAAAUUUGUUACUAGUUUAA